AUGUUGACUGUCCCUCGUACUCGCCGAACCCGACUAAGGAAGGCGAUAGCUGAGCAGCACGCUUCGCCUGACCCAACUGUUACUGUAUCCACCAUCUGCGGAUUCUGUGGAAAAGGGCCCUUUGCGACUGUUCCAGGUUUACACAUCCACAUCCACAAUAUGCCUGCCUGCAAUCAAGCGCGUCAAGCCGACUUUGGAUCUUAUGUCGCAAACAUCUGGACUGAAGUAGCUGGUCAGCCGGAUGGGUCUGCUCAAACACCGGAGAAUCACCAAGAUGGUCAUGCUAUUGAUGGAGGGCCGGGAGAACCUGUUCAACUAGUGGAGGAACAGUCCCCCAUCCAACUGGACCAGGACCUCGACAAUGCCGCUGAUAACUUCAUGUCUACGGCUGCACAGACACAGUCAGAUGAAGAUCCUCCACCGCAAUCGUCACAACGUACCACAAUCAAGGAGGUUCCUGACGAGGAUGCAAUACCUCAAUCCAGUCAAGAAUUCUACUAUGUCGAGCUCUAUCCUGAGAACCAAAAGGCAGGGGCUACCUGGGGAACAGGCACUCCGUUGUUUGAAUCCAUACGCCAACAGCAGGAGAGAGACAGUGAGCCAAUAUGGGGACCUUUCGCAGAUGAAGCAGAGUUGGGGUUGGCGGAAUGGCUACUACGGAAUGUGGGACAAAAGCAGUACUUAUCACUCCCCCACCUAUUCCUACUGGACUCCAGGACUCCAGUAAGAUUCCUACUGGACUCCAGGACUCCAGUAGGAUUCCUACUGGAUUUCAACAAUUCUUCCAAAAAAGGCAAUUUCCACCUAUUGGACUCCUACUGGACUCCAACUGGACUCCAACUGGACUUUAACAAAAUACCAGAAAGUGAAUACAUUGCCUAG